AUGCUUUUUCUUGCUCUUUUCCUAACCCUAUUGUGUUCCCAAGCUAACAUGGACCCUAUUUCGAUCACCGCUCUCAUUCACUGCCCCCUUCCUCAUCCUCGCUGGUGCGGUCAAAUCUACAUUAUCGAGGAAGACAGCAAACUCGGUAAAAACGACAUCCUUAAGUUUGACCGGUUCUGCGUGACAGGAGAUGAAGGCAAGCUCCACUACGUCUUCAAUCCAAACGGUGACUUCCCUACGUUUCACUACGAAUUUAACUGUUUCCUCAGCCAUGAUUGCUCCACUGACAAUAAAUGGUAUUGUCAGACACGUGCAAAACCAUUUCAAACUCUUAUAAAUGGAUUGCAAAACGUGACGUUCCGCAUUGAAGUCUAUCAACAUGGAAAGUUGGGACAGUGUCCUCCUCCUGCGAAACGACAUUGAAUGUUUUACCAAAUAAAUGAAUUAUGUUAUGGAAUA